AUGGAAGUGAUUGAUAGUGGUAUGGCAAGUAGUGAUAAUUCAAUAAAUGUUGCUAGUGCUGAUGACACAUUAAGUACGACUAGUUAUCGUGCAACGACUUAUAGUUGUGGCAACAGUUGGUCGGAAACAAUUAGUCAAUCAACAACAAUGGAUUUUUCAACAUCGGUUUUUGAUAUGAACAAUAUAUCUAACAAUAUAUCAUUGGUAUCUAUAUGUGAAACGCGUAGUUCAAGUAUAAGAUCUAAUCAUACUUAUACUGGUCCUUGUGUACUGACAAAGGAUUAUGAUGAUAAUUACGAGUCGCCUUAUUCAAUUAUGAAUAGCUAUCCAACUACUGCACCUGAAGAUAUGUUUCCUGAAUAUCAAUCCACAUUUUCUGAUGAUGAAAAAGAUGAUUUUAAAAAAGAAUUAAUAAUCGAAGAGGUGGAAGAGAAUGAUCGUCCGUCUCUGUCCGCUUUAAAUACGACAUCACCUAUGAUUGAUUAUAAUGUCUGCUGUCUAUCGUCCGUCGGUGGUAUAAAUGAUUGUGGACCGAGUACGAAUGAUGAAUACUUCAUAUUACAAUCUUUCGUUAAAACAGCUGACUAUUUAGGAAUAGCUUGUAGAGACUGGCCUGUCGGAUGUGUCUCCUUUGAAUACCUUAAUAAUAUUUCGGCGGAAGAAUUAUUGAUACGAAAAUGUAUCGUGUCUGAGCAGCAACGGCCUUAUCUAAAACUUAGUGAAAAAGAUUUAAUAGCAAAUCGUCUACAACUGAAAAACAUUCCUGUUCAUAAUAACAUGCGUAUUUGUCCACAGCAUCGAAACACAUUCGGAAUGGGAUGGUGUGACAGAGAUAACGUUUGCAAUUAUCCUGGUCAUGAUUUACAAUAA